UUUACUCCUUUGUCCAUUUAUCAAUUGUUUUUGAAAACGUGUUUCUCCUUGACUGGGGUGUGCUGGUUAUCAUUUCUCUCUAGUGAUGGGCACUUCUGGUGGUUCAGGAUAAUGCAUGGAACUAUUCUCAUCUGCGAUAAUGGAAAUUAAAGAUGGCCAUAGUACUCACACAAAGAAGAAAAAAGAAGGGUGAUUGGCCUAGGAGGAUGUUCAUGUAUAGAAAUGAGGAUAAAAAUCGAAGGUGGUUUUGCCUCCAUUCUUGGAAAGGACAGGGUGUUGGGGCCACAUGCAAAUUGUUGAAUGUCUAAUAUAUUGUGGAUGACCAUAUUGGAGAGAAUUGAUCCCAAGGAAAAGUGAACACGAAGUACUUGAGAUUGUUUUCAGUAGUGGUCCAUUUGAUGCCUUCCACCUGAGCCAUAAACUGUAUCUUUCUGGGACAUGAUGGUACCCAAUGGGCGAUAAAGAUAUUUUUAGCUCUUUGUGCCUGGAACUGGUCAGAACUUAAAGAGAUUUCUCCACUGACUGAACUAAAGAUCUAAAAAAGGAAGGAUAGAGAGCCAAAACUAAUAGAGAUGAGAGAAUGAUUUCUUUCACCUGCCUUGGUUGAAAUGAACAGAGAGAGAGCCCUCUGCUGUAUUCGAUGAAUUAGCCACAAAAAGCAACUUACUUUACAGAUUCUUUGGUUGAUUCCCUCUUUUUCUCCUCACAUUUGUUCAUUUCUGAAAACUACUCUUUGAACCCAAGUUUGGCAAAAGCAGAGGGGUACUCCAAAAGUGAGGGAUGGAUGGAUGGAUUUGAUCGCUUUGUGUCGUCAUCAUUUUAUCUUUUCCAAUGCCUUAUCUCUACUAUUUGGUACUGGGCGGCUUGAAUCUUGUUCCUUUUUUCACAGCCUCUCAAUGAUGUUUCAGCCUAGAGCUUUCUGUUCCCAUUCAAAUGCACAAAUUUCAAUUUUCAUGGUAUUUUACCUCUUGAGAUGCCCUGUAUAGGUUUCACUUAUUCUAUCUGUUCUUGCCAUAUAAAUUGCCGAAGAGUGUGAGUUGUAGUAGAAGAUAAAAGAGAAAGGUUGAAAGAUUUGAAAAUUGACACAGUUUGUUGUGAAGAUUACACACAAGAUGCAGUGGAAGAAAGCCAAUGGACCCAAAAGCCAAAUGUUUCGCCGACAAGUUGGUUUUAUUUAUAGAUUUUGGACUGUGUGAGUGGGGAAGACCUUGUUUAUUCAUCGCUUGGCUUUUUCCACAAUUAUUAUAAAGCCCACAUCAGUACAGGCGGAAGAUAUAUAGAAAUCAAAUGAACACCUCUUUAGAUGCAUAUACACAUAGGCGUGACACACACAACCCAUUCCCUUUUAGUAUUUUAAUAAUUCCUGAUGUGUGGAUAUGUGAUGAGAUUGAAAUAAUGGACUUAAAUCUGAACCAUAAUUUUGAAAAGUUUGUUAGAUUAUCGCUUCAACUUUCAACUUUCAAGUGAUUGGUGGGUCCACAGACUUUUGUUUUGAAAAGGUAGGACACUGAAACUGAUAGUGAUUUGCUCAGUGUGAACGUGAUCGUGUAUCCUGUAUUCUCUUUUGGACUAACCCAAAUAUAUAUGCAAUGCUCCUAAUUAGUCAAAAUAAGUAAUCCUUAUUAUUAUUAUUUAUGGGGGUAUGGAUUAAAAACAUUAGUACUUCCAGGGAGUAUAACUUGAAUUGAAAUAGGGUAUGGAUAAUUACAGAGGGGAUGAAUUGGAAUUGGAAGAGAACAAGUAUAUGAUUUGAAGGAUAAACAGGAGAUUUGAUUGUCCAUUAGGGAAUGGAAGGGCAUAUUGAGUUGAGAAACUGACAAAUAAACGUUAAAUCGGACUGAAUUAAAUGGACAACACUCGUACCUUUCUCUGUAGCCAUGAUGUUAAAAACGGACUCUCCUUCAAUCUUUAUGCUUGCUUGAGGAAGAAAAAUAAACUUAUAUACGCCAAUUUAGGCCCUUAGGCCCAAGGAAAAAUUGAAGAAAAAGUGUGUUGCAACCAACAAAAAUCAAAAGGGGCAAGAAAAGGAAAAGGAAUCCAAUAGCAUACCUAAUGUUGUUGCACUUCAGAAACAGUGGAAUCCAUCUUUAUAUUUCACCAUUUAUUGUUUCUUUGGGCGGAUGUGCCAUCUCCCACCAAGGCCAAAAUAACGAGUGUUGGAAAAUUUGGUUGUCUCACACACUUCUGAUAAUCAGCAUAUUGGUUUAGUAUAUCCCAAAAUUCCCAUUACAAAAGGCAUUCCACCCUCUAAUGUUUUUUCCUUUUCCAGAUUUGUCAGAUGCCAACAACUCCUUAAAACUCCAAGUAUUUUCCAAUAAUGUGAUUCUAAAAUCCCGGAACCCUAGGGUGGGGUAUGAGUAUGACUGGGAAAUGGGUUAUCUAAGCAGCCAAAAGAGUCCCCAGUGUCUGUACGUAUCAGGUGAUAUUAGAGGUAAAAGUAUAGACAGUACUCUGAAAGUGCCAGUGGAAGUUGGAACAAAAUCAAUUCUACAUCACAAUUAUUUUGAUCUCAAAAUCGGGGCUUUAAGAAUCAAAACUGGCUCUAAUGCCAACAGCACUCGAUCGUCCCAUUGACUUCUUAAAGGUUAAAGAGUGUGUGUGUGUGAGAGAUUUUUUUUGCGCGUGUGAGAGUGGAAAAGAAAGCGACAAAUACAUACCCUUUAUGGGAAACUGGGCUGCUAUUGUCUUCCCCUUUGUUUUUAUAAGAAAAGGCCAGAAUAAGUACAAGUGGCUCUUAAUGCACUUCUCCUACUGUACAUACACAUUGCCCACUACAUGUUUGAAGGGACUGACAAGAAGCCCCAACAUGAAGACACCCACAUAGAUAUUCUUGCUUGAAAGCAAACACAUACAUAUAUACAUAAAAGGGUGUGGGUUUAUUUCUCUUCUACACUAUAUAAAUGGUAAGACCGCAAGACAUCAACCAUCUUCUUCCAAUUCUUUAGCACCAUUAUUUGCACUUGUUUGUGCCCCACUAACCCCCCCACAAAGCACUGGAUCAAAAUCCCAUUACAAAAAUGAACCCUCCCUACCACCACUCAUGUCGACAUCUCCAUUCUACAUCCAAACUUGUCAUUCAUUCACUUCUUUAUACAGGAAAGUUAUUAUAUUUCCAUGUAUAUCUACUUGACAAGAAAGAGUUUACUGAUUGGGAGACAUUAUAGAGGAAAUGGCCAAAUGUGGAAGUGGGGAUCAGUGAUUUGCCAGUGUAGACAUUUUUUCCCUCAUGAUUCUGAUUCUAUCUGUUUAGAUUCAAUGGUUAAAGAAAUUAAGAGAUGAUAUACAUUGUUUCUACCCAUAAGAAGGUGUUUGAUGGUUUCCAUCGUGUUUUAGGAGAAAAUGGAGAAAAAUCUAAAAGACACCAUGAUUACAAAAUCACAUUAACUUGAGGAGAUUCAAUCGGCAGAUAAGAAGCACUGAUGGCAGGCAGUUUAAAUAAAUGGUGAGGUUAUGAUUUAUGAUUGACCACUGCAGGGGGAAAUUGUUGGGUUGUCAACCUUGUAUUCUUUACUUACUCAAAAGAGAACCAUGUAAAGUCCCUGUGAUUUGAGGAGAGAAAAAGGAAAAGGCGAGAAAGAUUAAAGUGGGGAAUCCUAAGCUUGACAAAGGCAACAGUAAAGAUGACGUCAACAUUGUCCCCUCGAAUACCAAGCAUCACUGGGUGGGGGCACUGAAUAGAAAUCAGAUAAAUUUUAAAAACAUCUAAUCUCACUUUCUUUCCCCUUUGUGAUACCUCUCCCUUCUCCUCUCCUCUCCUCUCCUCUCCUCUCCAUUUAUUUACUAUAUUUUCCUCUUGGAUCCAAACUCUAUUCCCAGUUGGUAGUAUCCGUCCACAACGCCCUUCCAUCCAAACUUUAUUUCCAAUUUAGGGGUUGUGGAGAAAUGAUUUUCCAUGGGGAAGAAGCUGAAACAUCAGUCAACAAACAGCAAGGUGGACUGAGGACAAGUGAGAACGGAGAUGAAGGAGCUGAAGAAGAUAAUCCAGGUGAGUGGCUGAAUUUAAGCCUGGGUAGGAAUUUGCCGUCUACAGCUCUAGACUCGGACCCGCAAUCAAGACCAACUUCUUCCAAGGUUUUCUCAUGUAAUUUCUGUAUGAGGAAGUUCUACAGUUCACAAGCAUUAGGGGGUCACCAAAAUGCUCACAAGCGGGAGAGAGGUGCAGCUAGAAGAUAUCAGUCUCAUAGGAUGAUGGCCAUGAUGGGUUUGCCCAUGAAUACACCUAUCAGGUCACUUGGCGUCCGCCCCCAUUCACUAGUGCAGAAACCAAACAGAGAUGGAACUGCAAUUGUGGCGAGAUUUAAUGAUUCCAACACGGGCUUGGGAAUGACAUGGACACCCUUCACACUAGAGGAAACGAUGGACAUGAUGUGGCCCGGAAGCUACCGCUUGGAACAACAACCAUCAGAGCAAACAUCAGAGCCACUUAAGCUCGACUUAAAUCUCCGGCUCUAACAGGCCCUUCAUCAGGCCUUGUCCAGAAUUGUCCAUCUCGGUUCAUUUCUGUAAUAACAGUUCUUGUUUUGUUCUUCCAUCAAAAAACAUGUACUGUGUACUAACUUAGGUAUGAGCCAAACAACUUUGAAGAGUAAAAAAUCCAUGCCUGGGGUUCUGCCUAAUAUCACUAGAAGAAACACUAGGAAUAUACUACUGUUUAUGCAUAUGCAGGCUUUUUAGUACAAGAAACCUAGAGCUCAACCACACUUUUCAGCUAUUCUCAACUCCUCAAUGCCUGAAAUAAUUCCUGCAGCACCUUACAUGUAAACCAGGUUUGUAAAGGUGUGUAUCUUUUUUUCUUUUUUUUUCUUAAAUCAAUUAUAAGUAUUGUGCUAUAGCUUCA